UAUGUCUUCAUCGCCAUCAGUUACGUCGAUACACUCAUUUACGUCAACAGUAGGAGCUUCAGUCGCAAUGCUUGCUACUCAUACCACUCAGACAGGAGACCCCUGUCUUUGUCCUCCACAUAAAAGCAAUUAAGACAUGUGAUAAUAUCAGCAUUAUCAUCUGUUGUAUGUAACCCUUAAUUCAUCGAGACCAUCAUGUAUACUAUAAACAAUAUUCAUUUUAACAGGAUUCCCCAGUAGUAAAACAUUUUUUAAUAAAGUCGUUCCGCUGCCCAAAUCCAUCCCCACGUCAACACGUCAUUGGUAGGCUACGUUCCGGUGGCAGACUUCAGGUCGGCUUGGAAGCAACGCUUUGUUUCUGUAGACUACGGGGGAGGUUAUUCCAGUUUAUUUUGUUUCAUUUUAUUACAUUUCAUUUGUCUAUUUAAUUAAAAAUCAAGUUUCGACUGCAUUUCUAACAGACUACUCAGCUGUGUCACUACAACCGGCUCUUGUAAUUUACCUAACUUGCAUCAUACAUCAGCAUUGCUCCACUGUCGAAGCCAUGCAGAUAGCCAACGCAGCUAACAUCAUGGAGGACCCCGGUGGCAACGGAGUGGUGAUGGACCAAGAACAGACCCCCGCUCCACUGGAACCCGCUGCCCCAGCAGAAGCUCCGACGAAGACGAAGGGGAAGAGAGGAAGGCCUCCGAGCAAGGAGGCCAAGCCGGACCCCGGGCCCAAGCCCAAAAAGGCGAAAGAGGCGAAACCACCGAAGGCCAAGUCGGGCCCCCAGCCCAAGAAGGGGAAGGAGCCCAAGGCCAAACCAGGCCCCAAGCCCAAAACGGCCAAGGCAGGCAAGGGGGGUGAGCAGAAGAUCGACGAGGUCUUCAAGAAGGUGAGACGGAAGGUGGACCGCUUCAAAGGCAUGACGGAGGCAGAGGUCAUGACCAAAACCCUGCCGGACAUCCUCACCCCCAACCUGGACUUCGUCAUUAUUGGAAUCAAUCCUGGACUGAUGGCUGCCUACAUUGGACGCUGGUUUCCAGGUCCAGGAAACCAUUUCUGGAAGUGCCUGUUUUUAUCGGGGAUCACUGAAGUCCAGCUCAACCACAUGCACGACCAGACGCUGCCUGAGAAGUAUGGGAUAGGCUUCACCAACAUGGUGGAGAGGACCACCCCAGGAAGCAAAGAUCUCUCAAACAAAGAGCUGCGCCAGGGGGGCAAGGUUCUGGUGGAGAAGCUGCAGAAGUACAAGCCUCUCAUCGCCGUCUUCAACGGCAAAUGCAUUUACGAAAUGUUCAGCAGGGAGAUCUUUGGGUUCAAGCCCAAGAAGCUGGAGUUUGGUGUGCAGCCGAGCAAGGUGCCAGACACGGAGACGGUGUGCUACCUGAUGCCCUCCUCGAGUGCCCGCUGUGCCCAGUUCCCCCGCGCCCAGGACAAGGUGCACUUCUACAUCAAACUGAUGGAGCUGCGGGACCAGCUGAAGGGCGUGGUCAAGAACAAGGAAGUGGAGGAGAUAAAGUACUCCUUUGACCUCGGCCUGGCCAAAGAGGAUGCCAAGAGAUUAGCCAUCAAAGAGGAGCAGUACGACCCUGGAUACGAGGAGGCCUUUGGUGGGGCCUACAGUGAGGCGGGGCUAGGACCGGAGGCGGGGCCAGUGCCAGUGCCAGGGGCGGGGCCUGAGCAGAGUAACGGACACUGCAGCCUCUCCAGUGGGGAGAUGGAAGGUUCCAGUGCGGAGGCCACGCCCACAGCGGCAGAGGGGCGGGUCCCAGGCGGCAGUUGGAUGACGCAGUCGUUUGCCGAUGAGAUUCCGGACAUCAGCGGCAGCAGCAACAGCACACGGCCCCAGCUGGGGGCGGAGACUGCAUGAAGGGGGCGGGGCCUUUCAGGGCUUCACCCAGGAAGUGGGCGGGGGCUGCAGUUUUAAUGCGGGUUCCUGCCCAGCUGGCUGUGACGUUUCCCCACUGGACCAGCGAUGGCUCAGCUGCACCCCAUUGCCCAGGACAGUGUAUCACACAGGAGGGGGCUGCAGGUGCCAUCCUAAUAUGGUUUUAAAUAGAGUAGUGAAUCGUACUGACACUACUUUUUUAACUUCUUUUUACAUAACUAUUUAACGUAGCUCUUACAUUGUUACUUGAUUUUAAAAUGCACCAUUUAGAGGGUGAGGGGAUUUUAUGGAGAGAUUUUGUAUGUAUGUAUGUGUUUAUUUUUGUGUAGUUGUUGGUGUACUAGUGCUCCCGGCUCAAAGUGACUAAACCUGUUUUAACAAUAAUGUUAAAUCAGCGGAAUACGGAGAGGCAAUGAAAAGCGUGAUGGCUUUCAUGGAGAAAAGCUCUUAUUUAAACCUGUUUUAUUCUGACCGAUAUUUACUCUGCUUUCCUGUGCACUGGUGCUACAUUUCAGUCCUCCUUCCUGUAUUCUCUCUGACCACUGGUGACAUCGACUGCAUCAGAGGUGCAUUGUGGGUACAUGGCUUUGAAGUCUUUAACUUCUGGUUGCUAUGGAGACCCUGUGGCGAGUUCGCACUGCACAUUACAAUGUUUACAUCUCUUGGUGCUGAACAUUUUGUUUAUGUUAAUAGCGCAGGAGGAGAGCUGUUUUUUCCUCUGCUUGUUCAUUUGAUCUCUGGGACUCCUCUCUAGUCACCUGUUACCUCUUACCUGGGCUGUCUGAUCUUCUCCCAACGUCUCUGUGCAGGAGGAGCUGAUCCUCAGGUUGGUAGGCGGGGUGGCAGCACGUUGUGCAGACUGAGUGAGACUCGCGCAGCCACUGUACUGCUAUGAGAAGUCGGUCCCGAUGGAAGGUGCCGGAACUGUUCGAGUGGCAGUGGUGAUGAUUUUUUUUUGUUGCGUUACCCGAUAAUGUUACUGUUAACCGUUGCAUCUGAAAAGUACAAUCUGUUACCCGAAAAGGUUACUGUUACCGUUAAGCAAAGUGCCGCCCCGCUAGGAAAGCCCUUUUAGCCCUGCAGUGAGUGGCGCGGUUUCGUUAGAUGGAGAAUGAGUCCCAGGCUCUUAACGGGUAUCUGGAGUUGUGCUAACAGUCCACUAAGUGCACUCUCACACAGGAAAAUACACACCUGAAUUACUGUAGCUCUCUCACCAUGGUGCUUUCAGAACACGUUUGAUGAGACUGUGCGGUUUUUAUGUUUUUGUACUGCAUUUUAGUUAUUGGGUUUGGUACUUGCUUUAGGCUGGACUCUGGUCUAUUUUAUUGUGAUGUGAACUGACGUACACCCAAAGCAACGAGCCAUGCGUCAUCAGAUGAAACGGACAUUCGAGCUGUCAUUAGAGCGCUCCAGAGUGAUGUUUGUGUGCUCGCCUGCGUUCGUACCUCCCGGAAGAACCCAGAGAGAUGCCGAAACACUGGCAGCUGUUCCAGCCACACAGGAGUCAGCUGUGCGUGUGUGCUGUGGAUGUUCAUCUGAAGUGGGGUCUGGAGUCAUGCUUAAGACUGUAUGUAUGGGGGGGAAAAAAAUAAAAGUCAUUGCAGAUGUCGCAACAACACUUUA